CAGCGAUGACAAAGUAUUUAGGAUAUGAGCUCUGCGGAGGACGAGCAGUGCGUUUCAUGGAUGGCUAAAGCGAAGGCGGUCUGAGAGAGGAGCGGAUGAGAGCGCUACUGAAAGUCUUUUGAAUAUGUCUGAAAAGAGACCAGGAAAAGGCCGGAGGAUGGGGUCUUCACGUAAACAGACCAGGGGUAACAGAAUACAGAGAGAGGAAGGGAAACCAGAGGGCAUUGAGGGGCUGGUGGAGGAGGACGGCUUGACAUAUACUGGAGUGAAAGAAGGGGGAGGGGCAGAUGAAGCCACUCCCCACAAACCAGCCAAGCACGAAUCAAAACUCUUAUUGCCAUCCAUGGAGAUCGACCCAUCACAUGAAUCUUCCACCUCUGCCCAUCUCCAGCAGUCAGACAGCCUAGUCCAAACAAGUGUCGAACCAGCUCUCAUGACUGAAGCCAAAGAUCUGGUGCAUUAUGAAGAGCCUGUAGGCUCAUCUAUAAAUGACAUUCAGCAGUCACAAACACAGAUGGAAUGUCGAACAGAAUUUAAGAGUCCAGUUGCCCUAACUCACCUAUAUGAGUCAGAAAAGAUUGUGUCUACUAAGGGACAUGAAAAUCCAAUCUGUAGUCGAAACCCAGAAUCUGAAAACACCCUACCUCUUGAAUCAGUUGAGAAAUCAAGAGUAAACGUAAACUCAAGUCCAGAAGAAGCAUCUGAAAACACAGGAGAAUGUCUGCGUGUGGAUGAAGUUCAGGACACAUCUGUCCCAAUCCCUGACAGAAGAGAAAAGAGAAGGAAGAUGGGUUCCACUCGCAAAAGCUCCCGCAGGGCUGAGGUACAGACAGAGACAGGUGAGGAAGAAGAUGUCAUCACGGGGCAGGAGAGAGAGGAAGGAAAAGACUCAUCACUGGUGGAAGAAGAGUUAGGCUCUGAGAUAACAGCAACAUCUGGAGAAAUACAAACUGAAAAACAGGAUGAAAAAAGGAUCCAUCAAAACACAGAUCAAGACAAGGAAAAUGAGAGACAGGUGGGAGACAGAAAAACUUCAGGCAUUUCCACUCGCCCCCCUGAGAUAUCAGAUGAUUCUGAACAAGCUGAACAUUCGACCUUUUCAGUGGAGAAGGAGAGGGAGGACAAGGAGGAAAGCAAUGAAGAAAGGGAGAUAGAACAAGUUGGAACAUAUCACACACCUGACAUCUCAGAUUAUUCUGACCAAGCAGAGCAUUCCACAUUUGUAAACGAGGAGUUACAUACAGACACACCGCUGACCUUUGGGAGAACAGAGGGUGUGGGGCAAAGUGAAGCAGAAAGUACAAAGCAUGAGAAUAUGUUUGAAGACACUGUCAUUUUGGACCAACUGAACCAAUCAGAGGACAGUCUGCUCACAGAAAAGGAUUCAGUGCUCAGUGUAAUGCUGACUGACACCCAGCAGAGGAGUCCGGAAUUGGAAGACCACAGUCAACAGAGUGAGGAGGGAGAGACGAGGAAUGUAGAAGAGAAUUCUCCUGGUGAAGACAGUAAGGGAGAUGUGCUCUUUACUCUGGCAGAGGAGAGUGGGAAUGAGAAAAUCAAAGAGAAUAAGGAGAAAGAGGAAGAGAGGAACUCUGAAAACGGUCAGACUGUUAUCGGUGAUGGUCAGUCCCCUACAUUACUGGAGCAAAAUCAGGACUUUACCACUGCUGAACAAGAGCAGACUGUGAAGCUGCAAGACACACAGCUGCCCUUAGUGGUGGAGAACAUACCAUUCAGUGGUGAAGGUGAAAUCAAUGUACAGGAAGGAGAAGGGCACCAAGGAGAAAGUAUUGAGAGGGGCAUACAACCAGAUGCAAAAGACAGACCUGCAGACACCAUGGAGUAUGAGGACACCACUCUGGCCCAGGAGACAGCUCUUCCAGUCCCUGCCAGAAGAGAAAGGAGAAGGAAGAUGGGGUCCACUCGUAAAAGCUCCCGCAGGGCUGAGGUGCAGACAGACAGAGGUGAGGAAGAAGAUGUUGUCAUGGGGCAGGAGAGAGAGGAAGGAGAAGAGUCAUCACUGGUGGAAGAAGAGUUAGGCUCUGAGAUAACAGCAACAACCGGAGAAAUACAAACUGAGAAACAGGACGAAAAAAGGAUCCAUCUCAUCGCAGAUGAAGAGAAGGAAAUGGAGUACCAGGUAGGAGACAGAGAAAGUUCUGGGAUUUCUGCUCAUACACCAGAGCCCUCAGAGUUUUCUGAACAAGCUGAACAUUCUACCUUUUCAGUGGAGAAGGAGAGGGAAGACAAGGAGGAAAGCAAUGAAGAAAGGGAGAUGGAACAAGUUGGAACAUAUCACACACCUGACAUCUCAGAUUAUUCUGACCAAGCAGAGCAUUCCACAUUUGUAAACGAGGAGUUACAUACAGACACACCGCUGACCUUUGGGAGAACAGAGGGUGUGGGGCAAAGUGAAGCAGAAAGUACAAAGCAUGAGAAUAUGUUUGAAGACACUGUCAUUUUGGACCAACUGAACCAAUCAGAGGACAGUCGGCUCACAGAAAAAGAUUCAGCGCUCAGUGUAAUGCUGACUGACACCCAGCAGAGGAGUCCGGAAUUGGAAGACCACAGUCAACAGAGUGAGGAGGGAGAGACGAGGAAUGUAGAAGAGAAUUCUCCUGGUGAAGACAGUAAGGGAGAUGUGCUCUUUACUCUGGCAGAGGAGAGUGGGAAUGAGAAAAUCAAAGAGAAUAAGGAGAAAGAGGAAGAGAGGAACUCUGAAAACGGUCAAACUGUUAUCAGUGAUGGUCAGUCCCCUACAUUACUGGAGCAAAAUCAGGACUUUACCACUGCUGAACAAGAGCAGACUGUGAAGCUGCAAGACACACAGCUGCCCUUAGUGGUGGAGAACAUACCUUUCAGUGGUGAAGGUGAAAUCAAUGUACAGGAAGGAGAAGGGCACCAAGGAGAAAGUAUUGAGAGGGGCAUACAACCAGAUGCAAAAGACAGACCUGCAGACACCAUGGAGUAUGAGGACACCACUCUGGCCCAGGAGACAGCUCUUCCAGUCCCUGCCAGAAGAGAAAGGAGAAGGAAGAUGGGGUCCACUCGUAAAAGCUCCCGCAGGGCUGAGGUGCAGACAGACAGAGGUGAGGAAGAAGAUGUUGUCAUGGGGCAGGAGAGAGAGGAAGGAGAAGAGUCAUCACUGGUGGAAGAAGAGUUAGGCUCUGAGAUAACAGCAACAACCGGAGAAAUACAAACUGAGAAACAGGACGAAAAAAGGAUCCAUCUCAUCGCAGAUGAAGAGAAGGAAAUGGAGUACCAGGUAGGAGACAGAGAAAGUUCUGGGAUUUCUGCUCAUACACCAGAGCCCUCAGAGUUUUCUGAACAAGCUGAACAUUCUACCUUUUCAGUGGAGAAGGAGAGGGAAGACAAGGAGGAAAGCAAUGAAGAAAGGGAGAUGGAACAAGUUGGAACAUAUCACACACCUGACAUCUCAGAUUAUUCUGACCAAGCAGAGCAUUCCACAUUUGUAAACGAGGAGUUACAUACAGACACACCGCUGACCUUUGGGAGAACAGAGGGUGUGGGGCAAAGUGAAGCAGAAAGUACAAAGCAUGAGAAUAUGUUUGAAGACACUGUCAUUUUGGACCAAUUGAACCAAUCAGAGGACAGUCUGCUCACAGAAAAGGAUUCAGUGCUCAGUGUAAUGCUGACUGACACCCAGCAGAGGAGUCCGGAAUUGGAAGACCACAGUCAACAGAGUGAGGAGGGAGAGACGAGGAAUGUAGAAGAGAAUUCUCCUGGUGAAGACAGUAAGGGAGAUGUGCUCUUUACUCUGGCAGAGGAGAGUGGGAAUGAGAAAAUCAAAGAGAAUAAGGAGAAAGAGGAAGAGAGGAACUCUGAAAACGGUCAGACUGUUAUCAGUGAUGGUCAGUCCCCUACAUUACUGGAGCAAAAUCAGGACUUUACCACUGCUGAACAAGAGCAGACUGUGAAGCUGCAAGACACACAGCUGCCCUUAGUGGUGGAGAACAUACCAUUCAGUGGUGAAGGUGAAAUCAAUGUACAGGAAGGAGAAGGGCACCAAGGAGAAAGUAUUGAGAGGGGCAUACAACCAGAUGCAAAAGACAGAUCUGCAGACACCAUGGAGUAUGAGGACACCACUCUGGCCCAGGAGACAGCUCUUCCAGUCCCUGCCAGAAGAGAAAGGAGAAGGAAGAUGGGGUCCACUCGUAAAAGCUCCCGCAGGUCUGAGGUGCAGACAGACAGAGGUGAGGAAGAAGAUGUUGUCAUGGGGCAGGAGAGAGAGGAAGGAGAAGAGUCAUCACUGGUGGAAGAAGAGUUAGGCUCUGAGAUAACAGCAACAACCGGAGAAAUACAAACUGAGAAACAGGACGAAAAAAGGAUCCAUCUCAUCGCAGAUGAAGAGAAAGAAAUGGAGUACCAGGUCGGAGACAGAGAAAGUUCUGGGAUUUCUGCUCAUACACCAGAGCCCUCAGAGUUUUCUGAACAAGCUGAACAUUCUACCUUUUCAGUGGAGAAGGAGAGGGAAGACAAGGAGGAAAGCAAUGAAGAAAGGGAGAUGGAACAAGUGGGAACAUAUCACACACCUGACAUCUCAGAUUAUUCUGACCAAGCAGAGCAUUCCACAUUUGUAAACGAGGAGUUACAUACAGACACACCGCUGACCUUUGGGAGAACAGAGGGUGUGGGGCAAAGUGAAGCAGAAAGUACAAAGCAUGAGAAUACGUUUGAAGACACUGUCAUUUUGGACCAACUGAACCAAUCAGAGGACAGUCGGCUCACAGAAAAAGAUUCAGCGCUCAGUGUAAUGCUGACUGACACCCAGCAGAGGAGUCCGGAAUUGGAAGACCACAGUCAACAGAGUGAGGAGGGAGAGACGAGGAAUGUAGAAGAGAAUUCUCCUGGUGAAGACAGUAAGGGAGAUGUGCUCUUUACUCUGGCAGAGGAGAGUGGGAAUGAGAAAAUCAAAGAGAAUAAGGAGAAAGAGGAAGAGAGGAACUCUGAAAACGGUCAAACUGUUAUCAGUGAUGGUCAGUCCCCUACAUUACUGGAGCAAAAUCAGGACUUUACCACUGCUGAACAAGAGCAGACUGUGAAGCUGCAAGACACGCAGCUGCCCUUAGUGGUGGAGAACAUACCUUUCAGUGGUGAAGGUGAAAUCAAUGUACAGGAAGGAGAAGGGCACCAAGGAGAAAGUAUUGAGAGGGGCAUACAACCAGAUGCAAAAGACAGACCUGCAGACACCAUGGAGUAUGAGGACACCACUCUGGCCCAGGAGACAGCUCUUCCAGUCCCUGCCAGAAGAGAAAGGAGAAGGAAGAUGGGGUCCACUCGUAAAAGCUCCCGCAGGGCUGAGGUGCAGACAGACAGAGGUGAGGAAGAAGAUGUCGUCAUGGGGCAGGAGAGAGAGGAAGGAGAAGAGUCAUCACUGGUGGAAGAAGAGUUAGGCUCAGAGACAGGUGCACCAUCAGGAGAACUGCAAGCAGAAAAACAGAAAGAAAAGAGGAUCCAUCAAAACACAGAUAAAGACAAGGAAAAUGAGAGCCAGGUGGGAGACAGAAAAACUUCAGGCAUUUCCACUCGCCCCCCUGAGAUAUCAGAUGAUUCUGAACAAGCUGAACAUUCCACCUUUUCAGUGGAGAAUGAGAGGGAGGACAAGGAGGAAAGCAAUGAAGAAAGGGAGAUGGAACAAGUUGGAACAUAUCACACACCUGACAUCUCAGAUUAUUCUGACCAAGCAGAGCAUUCCACAUUUGUAAACGAGGAGUUACAUACAGACACACCGCUGACCUUUGGGAGAACAGAGGGUGUGGGGCAAAGUGAAGCAGAAAGUACAAAGCAUGAGAAUAUGUUUGAAGACACUGUCAUUUUGGACCAACUGAACCAAUCAGAGGGCAGCCUUUUCACAGAAAAAGAUUCAGCCCUCAGUGUAAUGCUGACUGACACUCAGCAGAGGAGUCCAGAAUUGGAAGACCACAGUCAACAGAGUGAGGAGGGAGAGACGAGGAAUGUAGAAGAGAAUUCUCCUGGUGAAGACAGUAAGGGAGAUGUGCUCUUUACUCUGGCAGAGGAGAGUGGGAAUGAGAAAAUCAAAGAGAAUAAGGAGAAAGAGGAAGAGAGGAACUCUGAAAACGGUCAGACUGUUAUCAGUGAUGGUCAGUCCCCUACAUUACUGGAGCAAAAUCAGGACUUUACCACUGCUGAACAAGAACAGACUGCAAAGCUGCAAGACACACAGCUGCCCUUAGUGGUGGAGAAUAUACCUUUCAGUGGUGAAGGUGAAAUCAAUGUACAGGAAGGAGAAGGGCACCAAGGAGAAAGUGCUGAGACGGGCAUACAACCAGAUGCAAAAGACAGAUCUGCCGACACCAUGGAGUAUGAGGACACCACUGCACCCCAGGAGACAGCUCUUCCAGUCCCUGCCAGAAGAGAAAGGAGAAGGAAGAUGGGGUCCACUCGUAAAAGCUCCCGCAGGGCUGAGGUGCAGGCAGACAGAGGUGAGGAAGAAGAUGUCGUCAUGGGGCAGGAGAGAGAGGAAGGAGAAGAGUCAUCACUGGUGGAAGAAGAGUUAGGCUCUGAGAUAACAGCAACAUCUGGAGAAAUACAAACUGAGAAACAGGAUGACAAAAGGAUUCAUCAAAACACAGAUCAAGACAAGGAAAAUGAUGAGAGCCAGGUGGGAGACAGGAAAACUUCAGGCAUUUCCACUUACCCCACUGAGGUAUCAGAUGAGAACAUGCCUGUCAGAUGUGAAGGUGAAAUCAAUGUACAGGAAGGAGAAGGGCACCAAGGAGAAAGUGUUGAGAGGGGCAUACAACCAGAUGCAAAAGAUAGAUCUGCAGAAACUAUGGAGUAUGAGGACACCACUCUGGCCCAGGAGACAGCUCUUCCAGUCCCUGCCAGAAGAGAAAGGAGAAGGAAGAUGGGGUCUACUCGUAAAACCUCCCGCAGGGCUGAGGUGCAGGCAGACAGAGGUGAGGAAGAAGAUGUCGUCAUGGGGCAGGAGAGAGAGGAAGGAGAAGAGUCAUCACUUUUAGAAGACGAGUUAGGCUCAGAGACAGGUGCACCAUCAGGAGAACUGCAAGCAGAAAAACAGAAAGAAAAGAGGAUCCAUCUCAUCGCAGAUGAAGAGAAGGAAAUGGAGUACCAGGUAGGAGACAGAGAAAGUUCUGGGAUUUCUGCUCAUACACCAGAGCCCUCAGAGUUUUCUGAACAAGCUGAACAUUCUACCUUUUCAGUGGAGAACGAGAGGGAAGACAAAGAGGAGAGCAAAGAAGAAAGAGAGAUGGAAAAAUUUGGAACAUAUCACACACCUGACAUCUCAGAUUAUUCUGACCAAGCAGAGCAUUCCACAUUUGUGAAGGAGGAAUUACAUACAGACACACCGCUGACCUUUGGGAGAACAGAGAACGUGGGGCAAAGUGAAGCAGAAAGUACAAAGCAUGAGAAUAUGUUUGAAGACACUGUCAUUUUGGACCAACUGAACCAAUCAGAGGACAAUCUGCUCACAGAAAAAGAUUCAGCGCUCAGUGUAAUGCUGACUGACGCUCAGCAGAGGAGUCCGGAAUUGAAAGACUACAGUCAACAGAGUGAGGAGGGAGAGGUGAGGAAUGUAGAAGAGAAUUCUCUUGGUGAAGACAGUAAGGGAGAUGUGCUCUUUACUCCGGGAGAGGAGAGUGGGAAUGAGAAAAUCAAAGAGAAUAAGGAGAAAGAGGAAGAGAGGAACUCUGAAAACAGUCAUAUUGUUGUCAGUGAUAUCCAUUCCCCUACAUUACUGGAGCAAACCCAGAACUUUACCACUGCUGAGCAGGUACAGACUGUGAAGCUGCAAGACACACAGCUGCCCUUAGUGGUGGAGAACAUUCCUGUCAGAUGUGAUGGUGAACUCAAUGUACAGGAAGGAGAAGGGCACCAAGGAGAAAGUGUUGAGAGGCGCAUACAACCAGAUUCGAAAGACAGAUCUGCAGACACCAUGGAGUACAAGGACACCACCCUACCCCAGGAGACCGCUCUUCCAGUCCCUGCCAGAAGAGAAAGGAGAAGGAAGAUGGGGUCCACUCGUAAAAGCUCCCGCAGGGCUGAGGUGCAGACAGAGAGAGGUGAGGAAGAAGAUGUCGUCAUGGGGCAGGAGAGAGAGGAAGGAGAAGAGUCAUCACUGGUGGAAGAAGAGUUAGGCUCUGAGAUAACAGCAACAUCUGGAGAAAUACAAACUGAGAAACAGGAUGACAAAAGGAUUCAUCAAAACACAGAUCAAGACAAGGAAAAUGAUGAGAGCCAGGUGGGAGACAGGAAAACUUCAGGCAUUUCCACUUACUCCACUGAGGUAUCAGAUGAGAACAUGCCUGUCAGAUGUGAAGGUGAAAUCAAUGUACAGGAAGGAGAAGGGCACCAAGGAGAAAGUGUUGAGAGGGGCAUACAACCAGAUUCGAAAGACAGAUCUGCAGACACCAUGGAGUACAAGGACACCACCCUACCCCAGGAGACAGCUCUUCCAGUCCCUGCCAAAACAGAAAGGAGAAGGAAGUUGGGGUCCACUCGUAAAAGCACCCGCAGAGCUGAGGUGCAAACAGAAAAAGGUGAGGAAGAGGAUGUCAUGAGGAAAGAGAAUUCAUCACUGUUAGAAGACGAAUUGGGCUUGGAGACAGCUGCACCAUCAGGAGAACUGCAAGUAGAACAACAGAAGGAAAAGAGGAUCCAUCUCACAACAAAUCAAGAGAAGGGAAUGGAGUACCAGGUAGGAGACAGAGAAAGUUCUGGAAUUUCCGCUCAUACACCCGAGCCCUCAGAGGUUUCUCAACAAGCUGAACAUUCCACCUUUUCAGUUGAGAAGGAGAGGGAGGACAAGGAUGAGAGCAAAGAAGAAAGAGAGAUGGAAAAAUUUGGAACAUAUCACACACCUGACAUUUUAGAUUAUUCUGACCAAGCAGAGCAUUCCACAUUUGUAAAGGAGAAGUUACAUACAGACACACCGCUGACUUUUGGGAGAACAGAGAGUGUGGGGCAAAGUGAAGCAGAAGGUACAAAGCAUGAAAAUAUAUUUGAAGGCGCUGUCAUUUUGUACCAACAGAACCAAUCAGAGGAUAGUCUACUCACAGCAAAAGAUUCAGACUGCAAAGCUUCGCAGAAUUUUGUUAGUGAUAACUAUUCACCUGCAAUAUUGGAGCAAAUCCAGGACUUUACCACUGCUGAACAAGAGCAGACUGUGAAGCUGCAAGACACACAGCUGCCCUUAGUGGUGGAGAACAUACCUUUCAGUGGUGAAGGUGAAAUCAAUGUACAGGAAGGAGAAGGGCACCAAGGAGAAAGAAUUGAGAGGGGCAUACAACCAGAUGCAAAAGACAGACCUGCAGACACCUUGGAGUACGAGGACACCACCCUACCCCAGGAGACAUCUCUUCCAGUCCCUGCCAGAAGAGAAAGGAGAAGGAAGAUGGGGUCUACUCGUAAAAGCUCCCGCAGGGCUGAGGUGCAGGCAGACAGAGGUGAGGAAGAAGAUGUCGUCAUGGGGCAGGAGAGAGAGGAAGGAGAAGAGUCAUCGCUGGUGGAAGAAGAGUUGGGCUCUGAGAUAACAGCAACAUCCAGAGAAAUACAAACUGAGAAACAGGAUGACAAAAUUAUUCAUCAAAACACAGAUCAAGACAAGGAAAAUGAUGAGAACCAGGUGGGAGACAGAAAAACUUCAGGCAUUUCCACUUACCCCACUGAGGUAUCAGAUGAAAACAUGCCUGUCAGAUGUGAGGGUAAGAUCAGUGUACAGGAAGAAGAAGGACACCAAGGACAAAGUGAUAAAAGGGGAGCAGAAGCAAUAGAUAAAUCUGCAGACAUAAUGAUGUCCCAGAACACCUCCCUACCCCAGGACACAUCUCUCCCUGUCCCUAACAGAAGAGAAAGGAGAAGGAAAUUGGGGUCCACUCGUAAAAGCUCUCGCAGGGCUGAGGCGCAGACAGAGACAGGUGAGGAAGAGGAUGUCAUGGGGCAGGAGAGAGAGGAAGAUAAAGAGUCAUCACUGUUAGAUAAGGGCUUGGGCUCUGAGAUAGCUGCACCCUCAGACGAAAUGCAUGCAGAAAAACCGAAGGAAAUGAAUAUCCAUCAAGCCACUGAACAUUCCACCUUUUCAGUGGAGAAGGAGAGGUCAAAUAAGGAGGAGAGAGAAGAAAGGGAGAUGGAACAAGUUGGAAUGUAUCACACACCUGAUAUCUCAAAUUAUUCUGCCCAAGUAGAACACUCCUUUGAAAAGGAAUUAGCGUCAAUUUCAAACACUCAGACAAACCUAGGCUGGGGAGAGAGUGUAGGGUUCAGUGUAACAGAAAGCACAAAGUAUGAGAACUUGAUUGAAGACACCAAAUGGAGGAGUCAUCCAGACCACACUCAACAGCUUUGCCAGCCAAAAAACGUUGUACAUCAUUCUGCAGAUGAGCAUGAUUCUUCUGCUGUACCACACCGGAGGAGGAAGAUGGGUUCAACUCGCAAAGGCCUCCUACGUUCAGCCAAUCAAGGAGAGGGGGAACAAUUAAGAGAACAGAGGGAGAAAACAGAGGGAGAGAAAGGUGAAAUGGGAGAAAUGUUAGAGGGAAAUGAUGUGAAUGAUACACAUAAAGAAGAAAAAGGGAUAGAUAAGGAUGAGGCAUUGGAGAGAGAAAUCAUGAGUUCAGUUCAGUCACCUCCAUUUUUAGAGCCUCCUGAAAGUUCUGCCGUUGCUGGAAAGCAGGAUAAGGCAAGCCCAGGGGUGAAGAAGAAAUUGGGCUCUAGACGCAAAGGCAGGAGCAGUGUAUGGAAAGGGGAUAGAGACCUGGGACAGGCUAAUGAAAUGGGGGUUGAAGAGGAUAGCAAAGCCUCAGCAGUACUGCAGAGAAUUCAGGAAGUCUUCCACCACUGGGACCCUGAAGAAAAGGGCUUCAUCACAUGGGACCACAUGCAGGGACUGAGUGGUGAGCUGGGGCUCAGUGUUGAAGAACUUCGGCAGGUAUUUGACCGCCUGGACGAGGACAGAGAUGGACUUGUCACUCCUGAGGAUGUCACCGCAGGCUUCCGGGAGUUCAUGCAAUUACAGCAACCCAGGGCCAGGCCUGCUGCCGCUGUCUACCAAUCAGAUGGUUCCAUUCUGCCAGAGGAAGAGGAUGAUGGUGAAAGAAAGCUGUUCUUGUCCAAGCUGGGUGAUCUGAGAGCCUACAGCCUCCUACAGGAGCACAUCCAGCAGCACAGCGUUGGAGUUAAGGAGCUGUAUGAGGAAAUGGAGAGGCAGAUUAGAACUGAAAAGGAAAGAAUAAAGGAAGAGAGUCUGGAGAAAAGCCGUUCAGAGUUGGCCAAGCUGGAGGAGGAGCUGGACCAGAAGAACAGCCAGAUUCAGACACUGAAUGCAGUUCAGAGCCAGUUGGAGGGCCGCUUGCAUGCGCUGCAGAGACAGCAGCAGCAGAGUGGUGUGGAAAAGCAGGAGCUGUUCAGGGCCAACCAGGAGCUGGAGGAGCAGCUGGAGAGGAUCCGGGCGCAGCUGCAGGAGAGCCUGAGCAAUCUGCAUGCCCUGCGCAGUGCCCACUCCCACAAGCCAACCCACCCACACCUGCUCAGUCUUACGGACAGGGCUGGACAGACUGAGGACUCCUCCAGACCAGAGGUGUUAAAUUUGGACUCGAAUGUUCAGACUGAAAAGAGACACAUUUCCCAUGAGGCUGUGGUGCUAGAGAGAUCUGGAUCACAGCUAGAUCAUUCCUCUCCCCAGGGCAGAUAUACAGGAGCUCAAGACGAGGCACGCAGAAGAGUGAUAUCCAUAGAGGAGGAUCCCAUGCCUGACCUCCUCACUGGGGGCCAGGCCUUGCCCUACCAAAACCAAGGGGAGGCGCUGUGGGAGAAACAGAGAGGCCAGGCCUGGGGAGAGAGAGACUCACUGAGCAGUGUGAGUCACUCUCCCUCAGCGCUGGACUUGCUGUAUAACGUGGUGCUGGUGGGGAACAGCAGUGUGGGAAAAACCUGCUUCAUGAAGCGCUUCCAAAGUGGAGACUUCAAUCCUGAUCUCUGUGCUACCGUCGGCCUGGACAGCUGCAUCCAGACCAUGCAGGUGGAGGGGCGAAAAGUCAUCCUGCAGCUGUGGGACACCGCGGGACAGGAGAGGUAUCACAGCAUCACCAAGCAGAUCCUGCGCAAAGCCGAGGGACUGGUCCUCAUGUAUGACAUCACUUCCUCUGAGAGCUUCCUCGCCCUGCGCUCUUGGCUCAGCAGCAUUCAGGAAGGAGCCCCUGAUGAUGUCAUUAUUGUAUUGUUGGGCAACAAAAACGAUAGCCACAGACGAGAAGUUUCAUUUGAGGAGGGAGAGAGACUUGCAAGGGAGUACAGUGUUCAUUUCAUGGAGUGCAGUGCGGCUACAGGUGACAAUGUGGUGCAAGCCAUGAACAACCUGGCUCGGAUGCUGAAGCAGCAGGUGGAAGAGAAGCAGGAAAGUAGCAUCACUCUUCACAAAGGCUCCCCGAAGAAGAAGUCAGGGUGUUGUGGAUGAGGCUGUAAUGAUGUCACUCAAGGAACCACCACAGAAGAAGUCGCCCUUAUGGAAAUCUAAUAUACAGUAAUAUGUUGUAAAUAUGAGGACUUCAGAAAAUAUAUGUAUAUGAAUAUAUUUCACAAAAGUGUAUUUUAGAAAGUUUCUUAAGAUAUGCAAAUUGGCAGUAGCUUCGCGUUUUGCCCACAUAGGCCUAUUGUGAAAUGUUUCAAUAUUGUAUAUUAGAAUAUAUUUUAAUAUAUCCCAUUACCACAAGUGUUUUGUGAAGUUAAAAAAGGAUUUAUGUGCUCUGUCAUAUGAUGAAACUGCGCGACAGCUUGAGAGCUAUGCAUAAACUAUAAAAAAAGAGCAGAAAACCUGAAAAAAAGGAAACGCAUUAGGAUUUACUUCAACAUGUACCCACCCAAUAAAUCAAUCACCACAUUUGCUUCAAACUCCAUUGCCUUUGCCAUAGAUUUCGAGACUUAGAUAAAUAUUUACUUUGGGGUAAAGAAUGGGGCCAGACCUUGUAGCUGAAGCCAAAUAUGUCAGAAUAAUUUUGCUCAUUAAAGUUUGUCGUCAUCAUUGUUUUUACUGUAUUUGCCAUUCUUCACAUUUAUUAUAAAAAUAAAUAUUUGUAUGCUAAAUAUA